AUGGCUAAACUUCUACUACCUGACAACCCUGCCUCGAUGGACGGUGGCCUAAUCUGUUCAUUGCUGGAGGUCAAAGAGGCUUGUGGUCUUGAUAAAGAUGAGGCAGACAGGCGCCUUCAGGUUUUUGGCAAGAACGCAUUUCCUGUGGAACCCUCAACGCCUUUGUGGAAGCUAGUCGUUGGCCAGUUUGAGGACACGCUUGUGCGCAUCCUACUCCUUGCCGCGUUUGUAAGCUUUUGUAUGGCCAUUCUGGAAGAUAACAGGGUAGACUUUGUGGAGCCAUUUAUUAUUUUGCUGAUUUUGACGCUGAAUGCAAUAGUCGGUAUUUGGCAAGAAGAUCGAGCUGAGAAGGCUAUUGAAUCCUUGAAAGAACUUGCUCCUGAUACAGCUGCUGUUGUUCGUGACGGAGUGACACAGACCAUCCUGGCAGAAAACCUUGUUCCCGGGGAUAUUGUUGAGGUCGCCGUUGGAGAUCGUGUUGCAGCUGAUAUUCGGCUAUUAACGCUGGAAAGCACAGCACUGCGCGUGGAUCAGUCCAUUUUAAACGGCGAGUCGGUGGAAGCCGUGAAGCAGGUGAAGUCAGUUUGUAGCAAGCGGGAUCGGUUUCCCUCGAGCAUGGUGUACCGCGGCACUGCUGUUGUGUAUGGUAAGGCCCGCGGUGUCGUCGUACGCACCGGCACAUCCACUGAAAUGGGCUGCAUCGAGUGUAGUGUGCGCGAGCAGGAGGAAAGAAAGACGCCGCUGCAGCUGAAGCUGGACGAGUUUGGCGCUCUUCUCUCAACGACGAUUGGUUACAUUUGCCUUUUUGUGUUUGUGGUGAAUCUCCUACGCUGGUUCAAGACCCACACGCCGACCACUGAGGAGUCCUGGUUUGAAUGCUACAUUCAACCUACCGUGCAUUCGCUGAAGUUGGCCGUCGCUUUGGCUGUUGCUGCCAUUCCUGAGGGCCUACCGGCAGUGGUGACAACGUGUCUGGCGCUUGGUGCGCGCAAGAUGGCGGGACACAACGCUUUUGUGCGCGAUCUGCCGAGCGUGGAAACGCUUGGCAGAUGCACCGUAAUCUGCUCCGACAAGACCGGAACGCUAACGACAAACAUGAUGUCCGUGUCGGAGGUGGUAACAAUGGAGGCCUCUGGUACAACUCGUGAGUACAGCAUAGCUGACUCGAGGCUCAACAUUGUGGCAGCCGCCGUUUCGCGUAACGGCGCUCCUGCCGGAGGCGUGCUCGGCGACGACGCCGCCCUGGACAUGGUGGCCACGAUCGCCACAUUGUGCAACGAUGCAUCGCUCAUGUGCAAUAAGCUCUCAGCAGAGGUAGAAAAGGUGGGCGACGCCACUGAGGCAGCUCUUUUGGUCAUGAGUGAGAAGCUGUACCACAGUGCGGCGCAAAAUGGAGUUGACGGUCCGCAUUUGCCGGUCGACCGGUGCAGAUCAUUGAAGAAGCAUCUGUGGUUCAAGGAGAGAACACUAGAAUUUACGCGCUCUCGGAAGUCAAUGAGCGUGUGCUGCACGUCAGUCGCGGACGCACGCGUUCACAGCCUCUUUCUGAAAGGCGCGCCAGAAGAAGUUCUCAAGCGAUGCACUCGUAUCAUGUGUAAGGAUGGUCGCAUCGUACCCCUCACACCGAAAAUAUUGAGCACCGUGACGACGAAGGUCAAUCGCAUGUCCGGCAUGGAGGACGCCCUCCGCUGCAUCGCAUUUGCCUUCCGCCCCAUUCCCGACCCGAAGCAACUGGAUCUCUCUGACCCAGCGAAGUUUGAAGCCAUCGAGACUGACCUCACUUUUGUUGGCGUCUGCGGCAUGCUGGACCCGCCGCGGAGGGAGGUAACAGAGGCGAUUACCAAGUGCCACACAGCAGGGAUUCGCGUCAUUGUCAUCACCGGUGACAAGAAGGAGACGGCAGAGGCGGUGUGCCGCCGAAUCGGACUCAUGCCAUGUGAACCGAGAGAGGGGCUUAGCUUCACUGGCUACGAGCUGGAUCAGAUGACCCCAGCACAGAAACGGGCGGCGGUACGGAAUGCUGUGCUUUUCAGUCGCACUGACCCCUCCCAUAAGAUGCAGCUGGUGAAUCUUCUGCAGGAGCAGAAGUUCAUUUGCGCCAUGACCGGAGACGGUGUGAACGACUCGCCGGCGCUGAAGAAAGCCGAUAUCGGUAUUGCAAUGGGUUCCGGGACAGAGGUGGCGAAGGCGGCGAGCAAGAUGGUGCUGGCAGAUGACAAUUUCGCCACCGUCGUGAAGGCUGUGCGUGAGGGUCGUAUCAUUUUCAACAACACAAAGCAAUUUAUCCGCUACCUCAUCAGCAGUAACAUUGGCGAGGUAGCCUGCGUGCUGGCCACAGGACUGUUCGGUCUGCCAGAAGCGCUUUCGCCUAUUCAGCUGUUGUGGGUGAAUCUCGUCACAGACGGGCUGCCGGCGACCGCGCUGGGACUCAACGCCGCGGACCCAGACAUCAUGGAACAGGCGCCGCGGCGCGUGGACGAACCCAUUGUCGACGGUUGGCUUUUCUUUCGCUACAUGGUUGUCGGCGUCUAUGUUGGUCUGGCGACGGUCGCUGGGUUUAUCUGGUGGUUCCUGACGAACGGGUUUACCUUGGCCGACCUCGCCUCAUUUACCACCUGCACGAACAGAAGCAAUGCCAAGUGUGCAGUGCUGGCGAACCCACAGACGGCGCGCACCAUUGCAUUGUCUAUCCUGGUUGUUGUCGAGAUGCUGAAUGCGCUGAACGCGCUUAGUGAGAACCAGUCGCUUGUCGUGAUCCGGCCUUCGACAAACAAGUGGCUCGUUGUGGCCAUCUGCUCUUCGAUCGCGCUGCACCUUACGAUCAUGUACAUCCCGUUCUUUGCACGUCUGUUCGGCAUCACCCCACUCGGCGUUGACGCUGACGUCGUCGCGAGCGCUGAUCUGUGGGAUGUGUUGGUGCCGACUGAUUUCACAGACUGGAAGACAGUACUUGUGCUGAGCACUCCGGUUAUUUUCAUAGACGAACUGUUAAAGUUUUUUUCGAGGUGCAGCAAUCAUCACCGUGAGAAAUGUAGCGCAGAGCAGGUUGUCGGCAGGAUGAAUCAUGGCUGGAACUAA